AUGGCACUCCUGGCGAGGCGCUUGGUGCGCGGGAGCCGGACGGGCCUUAGCCGGGCAUCCCCGGCAAUUGCUCAGAGAGCUUUCUCUGAUGCCCCGGGGCUGACACGGCUUGAGAAGCAGAAAAAGCCGAGCGACAACUAUCUGGACAUGCACUCACUGGUGACCCGCCUCCGUGAGUUGUUCCCGCCGGCCCCGGCAAUGGGUGCACCCAUCAACGGUGAUGUGGUCACAUCCGUCACAGAGACACUGCAGAGCGUGAAGCUGAACCCACGUGAAUGGCAGCAACACGCAGUCUACCGGCGGGGGCGCUACACCAGGAACAUAGUUGGAUAUUCGCCAAACCAAUUUAUCGUGCUGCUGCUGUGUUGGGAACGGGGCCAACAGAGCCCCAUCCAUGACCAUGCAGGUGCCCACUGCUUUAUCAAGAUGCUUAGCGGACAGCUUCAAGAGCGCAAAUUCGCUUGGGCUCCAAACGGCUCCUCCGGCCCACAGGCAGGGCCACCUGGUCUUUUGGAUGCAUCUGACACGGAGAAGAGUGCUCGGGGCCUCAAGUCUGCCACAGAAAGGGCCUGGCCUCGUCACUGCUGGGCCUGGAUGCCGACUGGAAACUCAGAAUGUGAGUGCUGA